GGGGGCAAGACUCAGACUUGCGUCGCUGGCAGCAGCUGUGCGCGUGCGGCGGGCGUGGCCACAGAAAGACGAGGGGCGGAGGUUUCCUCUCCCCUAAGGCCAGGGCUUCUCCGGGGCUAGACUGCUUUCCCCACCCCCGGCCCAGGACCCAGAUCGGUCUGGCAGACACCGCGUGGAUGCGACAGUGGCCUCUGACCCAGCGCCCUGCCUGUGCAGCAGCCGCAAGCCCUACAACAGAGGUGUGCGCAGGGGUGCGCGUUUGACUGGGGGACUGAGGCCCGGAACGCGACCCAAAGCGCGGACACGGCAGAGUGGGUGGUGGGCUGAGCCCGCGCGGGAGCCACCUCGGUCGCCAGCCUCUGAAGGCCCUGCUGGGUCCAUUGGCCCUGAUGGCGGCGGCAGCGCAGAGGGACCUGGUGCAGGACCAACUGCAGAAAGCCAAGGAUGCUUACAUAACUACCCUCAUGUGAGGCCCAGCAUCUAAUUUGAAGGCCCUACACACAGCUUUCCAAGCCAACAGCCCCCAGUCAGGGCACACCAGGGCCUUUCUCUUUUCUCCAUUGCAGUGCUCUGCCCUUGCUGUGCCUGCCCUUAGGUCUCUAAGAAGCCUUCAGUGAUGGUGACUGACUCCCUGGCUACACAGGGCUGUGUGACCUUUGAGGACGUGACCAUUUACUUCUCCCAGGAAGAGUGGGCACUGCUGGAUGAGGCACAGAGACUCCUAUACUGCGAUGUGAUGCUGGAGAAUUUUGCACUCAUAGCCUCUCUGGGGCUGACAUCUUUCAGGUGCCAUGUCAUUGCCCAACUUGAGAUGAGGAGACAACCCUGGGUGCCUGACAGAGUGGAUGUGACUUCAACCAUCAGUAGAGGGGCUUUUGGCAGGCCUGGCACUGAUUUUUGCUGUAGAACAGAGGGUAAAGUGUUACCUUCUGAGCAGUGUAUUUCUGGACAAGGAAUAUUACAGGAUCGAAAUCCCAAGACACCUCUGUCAAUGAAGAAGACUUACUCCUGUGACACAUGUAGCCUACCUGUGAAAGACAUUUUGUAUCUGGAUGAACAGCAGGCAACACAUGCCAGGCAGAAACCCCAUAUGAGUGAGACAAACAGAACGAAGGUCAAGUUCAAUAUAAACUUUUCCAGGCCACAGGUGCCGAAGAAUGAGGACAAGCCUUCCAGAAGGGAGGAGUGCAGGGCCUCUCCGGGAAUGACCUGCCCAGACCGCACAUCCCCGAAGCCUUUCAUGUGUGGGGAGGAGAAGGAGGAUUUGGUGGCCACAGCAGACUUUGUUCAGCAUCACAUCACUGCCAGUGUGGAGAAGGCACACAGGCAUUCUGGAGGAGCGUUAUUUUUUCCUACUGCCCAAAGGCCUGACAGGAGCAGUCAAUCUAGGGAUGCUUUCAGUGACACCCCCACACUUGUUCAUCAGCAGAGAGUGCACAGUGGGGAGAGGCCCUAUGAAUGCAGCAAGUGUGGGAUAUUCUUUAGCAAUUCCUCCAGCCUCAUGCAACACCAGAGAGUUCACAAUAGAGGAAAACCAUAUGAGUGUUCUGAGUGUGGCAGAUUCUUUAGCCAGCACUCUAGUCUUGUAAAACAUCAGAGAGUUCACACUGGUGAAAGCCCCCACGUGUGUAGUCACUGUGGGAAAUUCUUCAGCCGAAACUCCAACCUCAUCCAGCAUAAGAGGGUUCACACUGGUGAAAAGCCAUAUGAGUGUAGUGAAUGUGGGAAAUUCUUUAGCCGAAACUCCAGCCUCAUCCAGCAUAAGAGGGUUCACACUGGUAGAAGUGCUCAUGAAUGCAAGGAAUGUGGGAAAUCCUUUAAUUGCAACUCCAGUCUAAUAAAACAUAGGAGAGUUCACACUGGAGAAAGACCUUAUAAGUGCAAUGAAUGUGGGAAAUUCUUUAGCCACGUUACCAGUCUCAUUCAGCACUAUAUAGUUCACACUGGGGAACGACCUUUUGGGUGCAGUGAAUGUGGGAAAGCCUUUAGCCGAAGCUCUGACCUCAUAAAACAUCGGAGAGUUCACACUGGUGAACAGCCUUAUGAAUGCAUUGAGUGUGGGAGGUUGUUUAGCCAAAGUUCCAGCCUCAAUAGUCAUCGAAGACUUCACACUGGUGAGCGGCCUUAUCAGUGCAGUGAGUGUGGAAAAACCUUCAGACAAAGGUCUAAUCUGAGGCAGCACCAGAUAGUUCACAAACCAGACAGGCCUUACAAGUGUGAUGAAUGUGACAAAGCCUUCAGCCAAAGGCCCACCCUUAUUCGGCAUCAGAAAAUACACAGCAGAGAAAGAAAUGCAGAGAAUGUGUGUCCUGGAGCUGGGGAUUUAGCUCAGUGGCACAGCACCUGCCUGGCAAGUGCAAGGUCAUGAGUUCUAUUCCCAGUACCAGAAAAAAAAAAAAGAGAGUGUUGUCCUUUUUAGUACAGGUGCACAUAGCAGAGAGAGACUAUGACAGUGGAUAUUAUGAAGGAGCAUCAGCCAGAUGUUGAACCUCAUUCAUCCAUGCAGUCACACUGAGGAGGUUCCCUUUAUAACUAGAUACAGUGGACACUUUCCAGAGCUAAGCUGUAUUUGUCUGGUUUGUCACUUCUAGAGUUUGGGACAGAAGCCAUCUCAGCUUUGUGUAUUUUGCAGCCUCCAGAGCGUAUCAUCCACUGUACUGUCUCAGGGAAAGCAAAUCUGUUUUCUUUCCAGUUUGUGAAGGGAAUCCUGAGUUCCUGAGGCGCUGGAUGGAUGUCAAUUUCUUAUGACUACUUUAGGUGUGGGCAUGACCCAUUUUGUGUAUGCUGACCUAAAUGGGGGUCUGCUGGCAGCUUACUGUGAAUGUUUCUUUUUCAGGGACACUAAUCAGUCUAAUGUGAUGUUUAUGAUGGAUUUAUCCAUCCUUCAUGUGACCCCCCCAAACUACCCACUGUAAAUUGCUGUGGUUCAUGUGAUAUUGUAAGAGCAAUAUUAAAACCAACACCUUUAUAGGUGGACCAUCAUAUUCAUCUUUGAGUGAUUACACUAGCUUCAAGUCAGAGAUAAUGUGACUCAGCUUUGUCUGACUACAUCCAGCUGCACUGUACCCUACAAACAUACUCUGUGUUGCUGACUUACCCCCAGACUCAUUUUUUUUGUUUUGUUUUUAUCCUGGUACCGGGAAUCAAACUCACAACCUCACUCUUGCCAGGCAGGCGCUGUGCCACUGAGCUAAAUCCCCAGGCCCACCCCCGGACUCUUGCCUUACAAUUAGUGACCCCCUCUUACUAAACUUGUCCUGGGUCUGCCUAACGAUGUAGGACCAUACAUAUAUAACCAAUUAUAGAAGGACCCACUAUCAACUGUUAUACUUCCUGCUUGUGAAAUCUAUAUAAGUUUCUAUUUGACUCUAAGUCAGGGUUGAUGAUUAGGAACUGAUUCCCAGCAGCCCACCCAUGUAAUAAAGUUGUUGCCUUCCAAGUGCUUCA